AUAAUUUGAUGCAAUAGUUUGAAGAAGAGGAGGAAGAUUAUAGUAGGGGAAGAAGAAUAAUAAAAUUGAAUGAGAAUGAGGAAUCGUUUGUAUUUCCUUUGAUACCUGAUAUCCUGGAUUUGAUUUUCUAAUUUUUAACACCUUUUUAGCAUUUGUAAAUGAGAUUGGUUUCUCAUCAAUGCAAUGUUGUGGUUUUACAAUGUAUGAAAAAGUUUCUGGUCACAUAAGUGUAAAAAGGAACCUUCCAAUAAUUCAAUAAUUUUAUCAGUACUUUAAUUAUAGCAAAUAAUAAUAGGACAAUUUUCAUCAUUAACCAAAAUAAAGUUGCCUCCAAUUUCAUCAGAUCAACACAAAUUAUGUGACGAGGUAAACCCACAGUAUCUGACCUAAAUUAUCUUCCAUGAUUUCUUGAAUGAUUCAUCAUCUCAACAAGAAUAUUUAAAAGAGUUUUUCCAAAAGUAUAUAGCAAUCAAUUCUGUUGGAAUCAAUAAAUUCUUAUCACUCAAAUUGUUGCCCCUCGAGAAUAUUAAGCAAUUAGAUUUGUCGUCUGUAAUGGAAAUUAAGGAUAAAACCUUUUUGGAAGGUUGUAGAAGUUUAGUUUCUCUAUCAUUUCAUGUUUAAGAGAUAAACAACUUCUUUUCGACCAGCGAUUUUCCACCCUUAGAAUAAUUAAAGGUAUUGAAAAUUAAGUUGUGGGGACCAACCUUUAAAGAAGAACAUUACUAAAACUUUUUACAUUUUUUGGAGUCCAUCAAAAACCUUGAAAUAUUAGAACUACUAUUUUGCUCUUACGAAUCAAAUAGCAUAAAACAAGAUGUAUUUAAUGCAUUUGUUACCAAACUACCUUGUAAUACAAUAUAUAUUUAAAAUAGAACUUCGCAUCUUCUAUGCCUUCUCUUGUUAUGAUCAAAUCUAGAAUACGCAAUUUAGACAUAGAUUUGAUUAUUUAGUAAUUGAAAAUAAUACAUAUAUUAAAUUGAAACCUUUGGACAUUCCAACCUUGGAAACAUUAUUGGCUUUUACUAAUAUCUUGGAUAUAACAAAAUGCAAAUUGGAAGAGGAAAAUGAAAAAUAAAUCUAAUAAUUCUUGGAGAAACAAAGAGAAAAUACAGCACAAAAAAAUGAAACUAUUUUGAAAGUAUUUAAUUCAUUAAAUUCAAAAGGUGUCUUUUGAAUAAAAGCAUAUCAAGGCUGAAUAUGUAAAAUAUCCUAAAGUACAAAAAAAUAGCGAGUUUACUACUUUUUGGAAUUCUGGUCAUUAUUCUAUAUGAGCAUUGGUAUUGGCAUGAUAU